AUGUGGCAUCUCCAACGUGCUCGAUCCACUGCAGCUGGUGGGGUGAGGGGUACCAGAACCGCAGUAUCAGACACCAUGGAUCGCGUAAACACCACACCCCGCCUUGCGGAGCUCCGCAAGCUAAUGAAGGAGAACAACAUCAGUGCUUACAUCGUUCCCUCCGGCGACAGCCAUGCCUCCGAAUACGCCGCGGACUGCUUCAACCGUCGAGAAUACCUCUCUGGCUUCGACGGAUCUGCUGGAACCGCCGUCGUUAGCGAAGAGGCGGCCGCACUCUCGACCGACGGCCGAUACUUUAACCAGGCCACAACGCAGCUGGAUGACAACUGGAGGCUGAUCAAGUUCGGUAUCCCCGAGGAGAUCACCUGGCAGGACUGGGUAGCCGAGCAGUGCAAGGACGGCAAGGCGGCCGGCGUGGACCCUACACUCAUCACUCCCUCUGUCGCGAAGAAGCUCACGGAGACCAUCCAGAAGGCUGGUGGCUCCGGACUGGUCGCCAUCAAAGAGAACCUGGUCGACAAGGUCUGGGGCAGCGACCGUGCCGCCACGCCUACCAACAAGGCCUUUAUCCACCCGGACAAGUAUGCUGGCAAGACCGUCAAGGACAAGCUCGUCGAGCUCCGCGAGGAGAUUACCAAGAAGAAGGCGGUUGGCAUGUAUGUCACUGCUCUCGACGAAGUUGCGUGGCUCUUCAACCUGCGCGGUAACGAUGUCGAGUACAACCCGGUCUUCUACUGCUACGCCUCCAUCACACACGACGAGGCCAUCCUCUACGUCGAGGAGUCCAAGGCUGACCAGUCCGUCCGCGAGCAUCUCACGGCCAACGACGUCAAGAUCAAGCCCUACAGCAGCUUUUUCGCUGAUGUGGAGAAGGCUGCUGACGGCAAGUACCUGAUCACCGACACCGCUUCGUGGGCUGUGAAGACGGCUAUUGGCGGCGAAGAGAAGGUCGAGGAGGUCAAGAGCUCUAUUACCGAUGCCAAGUCGGUCAAGAACGAGGUCGAACUGGAGGGCAUGCGGGCCUGCCACAUCCGUGACGGCGCUGCUCUCACCUCCUACUACGCCUGGCUCGAGAACCAGCUGGUCGAGAAGAAGGCGUCCAUCGACGAGGCACAAGCCGCUGACCAGCUGAUGGAGUUCCGGAAGAAGCAGGAUCUCUUUGUCGGCGAGUCGUUUGCUACCAUCUCCUGCACCGGCCCCAACGCCGCCAUCAUGCACUACCACGCCAGACACGGCAAGAGCUCGAUCAUCGACCCCAACGCCGUCUACCUCUGCGACGCGGGCGCCCAGUACUACGACGGAACCACGGACACCACUCGCACCAUGCACUUUGGCACUCCGACCGAGCGCGAGAAGGAGGCGUACACUCGUGUCCUCAAGGGUCUCAUUGCCCUGGACCGUGCCAUCUUCCCCAAGGGCGCCACUGGCUUUGCGCUGGAUGCUUUUGCCAGACAGUUCCUCUGGAACGCCGGUCUCGACUUCCGCCACGGCACCGGCCACGGUGUCGGUUCGUUCCUGAACGUCCACGAGGGCCCCAUGGGCAUUGGCGCCCGCCCGGCCUACAGCGAGUUUCCCCUCAAGCCCGGUAACGUCAUCUCGAACGAGCCCGGCUACUACGAGGAUGGCAACUUUGGUAUUCGUAUCGAGAACGUCAUUGUCGUCAAGGAGGUCAAGACGAAGAACAACUUUGGCGGCACACCCUACUACGGAUUUGAAAACGUCACCAUGGUCCCGUACUGCAGUAACAUGAUGGACCUGUCCCUGCUUACCCAGGAGGAAAAGGACUGGAUUAAUGCCAAGAACAAGGAGACUCUGGAAAAGACACAGGGCCUUGUUGCUAAUGACCAGCUGGCGCUUGCCUUCCUCAAGCGUAACACUCAACCCAUCUAA